AGGCUCGUCAUGGCUGCUUCGCCCGUCAGACAUGCAUCCUCGUUGAUAGCGUAAGCGCUGCCGUAUCGGUACACUAACGCGACGCUAUGUCGGCACGAGCGACAACAUGUAAAGAGCUCCACUGUACAGCACGCAAGCGUUGGCAUGCACGGGGCAACUAGAGACGCGGGAGCUAAAGAUAUGAACCCAUCUAGCGUGGUAUCCCGUGGGUGUGUGUCCGUCGACCGAGUGACCGGCCUUCAUCAUUCAACGUCCACCACGUCACUGCAAGGGAAGCACCACUCUUGCUUUUCCCAGCGACACCCGAUGCACCUUGCGUGGCCACUGGACACGUAUUUGUUCCCGUCGCCGUCGGACGACGACGCGCGCCGGUACAAGUCGAUCGGCGAUGCGUCCUUGCGCUGCGUUCUCGACGCAGCACUCUCAGUCGAGCGCCGGUCGAGCGGAUGGCGCCGCGUCGGCAGCUUCAACGACGUGCGUCUCUACGAAGGAGAGAGCGCGAUCCAAGGCAUGAUUCCGUUCCGCAUCGUGGCAAAAGCCUCGGCGACACUUGAAGAAAUCGCGCAAAUCCACGAUUUCUCGACGCACGCCAAGUGCCAAGUGUACAAGAGUGUGUAUGCGGACGACAUUUUGGCCAUGACGACGCUGCACAGCUUUUACCCGCGGACGCCCCACCGCCCGUUCAAGCAGCUGUACCUCAAGUGGAAUGCGAACCGCAGCCCCGUGCCCAUGAUCAAGGACCGCGACUUCAUCUACGUCGAGGCGCAAGACGAAGUGCGGCUCACGUCCGGCCGCCGCGGGUGGGUCUACGCGCAAACCAGCGUCGACGUGCCGGGGUUUCCCGUCUUUGACGAAGCCGUGCGCGGCGACCUCUACAUGGGCAUGGGCGUCGUGUACCUCGAGACAGAGACCCCCGGAGAGCUGCACGUGAUUUACCACCUCUGCGUCGACUUCAAGGGCCACAUCCCGCACUGGGUCUUCAAGCUCGGCAUGAAGGGCCGUGCGCGCAACAUUCAAUUUAUCAACGACCGCGUGCACCGGCUCCGGCUCAGCACCGAGCCGCUGCAGCAACCGUCCGAGCCAACGUCGCCGACCACGUGCGCGCUGUGCCACCGACACAGUCAUGCCUUUUGCAAGCACAAGUGCUGCCAGGCGUGCGGCGAGGUCGUGUGCAGCAAGUGCAGCCGCUCGUGGCGACUCUCGGGGCUGGCGGGCGACACCCGCGUAUACAAGGCGUGUGUGUGCAAUGUGUGCUCCCAAGCCGUGCGCGACCAAGACCGUUGUCCCAGUCAGCGAUCGCUGGACGAGACGUCGCCCAGCAGCGACGGCGACCUUCAUUACGGCGUCGGUGCCCACGACGAUGUGGGCGACGGGUCGAGCAGCGGCACCGACGUUGCCAUGGACCUGUCGUAUUUAUCCGUGUACCAGACCAAGAAAACGACACAAUAAUGUCGUGUAGAAUUGUAGUUCACUACUACAGACUUGCUUGCCGACGAGCGUUCUGUCUCUCAGAUAUUAGUGUAACCGUUAUGUUGUCAGUCUAGUCUAGUCUA